AUGGCUAACGCGCCCUCAACAUCACUCUCGGUUCUUGAGUCUCUAGCGGAUCCUGCACCUAGAUUAAUAGAUGCUGCCGUAAUGGAUUACUUUUUGAUGGAGGCCGUGGAGACCCUCAAGCACUCCUCGGCUGUCGCUGGCGCCCGCGUCAAGAAAGCGGAGGACGAGAUGAUCAACGCUGGCUUGCUUCCCCCUCCGCCGCCACCGCCGCCACACUUGAAGAAAGGAAACUUGCGGGAUUCUGUCGUUAGUAACGCUACAAAUAAAACUCAUGUAGAUGAAGACGAAGAAGACUUGCGAGCGCGUCUGGAAGCUAUCGGCCUCCAUGUAGGGACAAGCAUCACAGAAAGGCUUUGUCACGACCGUCCGUUAUUCUCAGAUACGUUGGACAACAUCAAAUUUAUAUGCAAAGACUUGUGGGUAGCAUGCUGGGACAAGCAGGUGGACAACCUCCGGACGAAUCACAGGGGCGUCUACGUUCUUCAAGACAAUAGCUUCAAACCUGUUUCGCAUAUAUCCUCCUGGGAGAGUAGGGCAGAUGCGACUAGGAGAGCCAGGACGUACGUGGCUUUCCCUGCCGGUAUAAUCCGAGGGGCGCUAUUGCGCUUGGGCCUCCAGGGUACCGUCGUUCCGGAGCUUAACCUACCACAAUGUACCUUUCAGCUCAAGUUACCGAAGGGGACAUAA